AUGUCUGACAUGGAGAUGGCCGAACGCGAUAACCACGAGGAACUUGGGCGAAAGCCCAUUCUCCAGCAUGAUCCUGGCCAUGACGAGAACGGCGGCUUACACACAAUGGUCGAAGGCGCUGUUCGAUUGGUCACAAUGCUUAAUUUUAUGAAGGUGGAGCUUGGCGAGUACAAGUCCCUUAAGUCCAAAGAACAAUGGCGUUCCAUUGGCGUCGAGUUUCUCGCCACACUUCUGUUCGUUUACCUGGGUUGUGGUUCUGUCGUUGCAUCAGGGGUCCUCGAAACGGAGCUGACAUCCGCAAGACUCACUGCGAUCGCUCUGGCUCAUGGAUUAGCUAUUACCUUUCUCGUGGCAAGCACCGGUGCAAUCUCUGGAGGCCACAUCAACCCAGUAGUUACCCUUGCCUUCGUAGUUGCUGGAAAAGAAAAUAUCAUCAGAGGAUCUCUAUACAUCGCUGCUCAGCUGGUUGGGGGAAUCUGCGGAGCUGCCCUGUUAGGGGCUUCCAUCCCUGCAGCAGACCUGGGUCACCUGGGCACCCACAGUCUUGGCCACGGAACAUCCGUGGGCAAUGCCUUCCUGAUGGAACUGAUGCUAACCUUCACUCUGGUGUAUGUUAUCUUUGGUGUUGCUGUGGACCGACGAGGACCAGGCGUUAUUGCACCCAUUCCAAUUGGACUUGUGGUUGUAGUAGAUCACUUGGUGGGAGUCCCAUUUACAGGUGCAUCCAUGAAUCCUGCUAGAAGCUUUGGGCCAGCUGUUGUAUCAGGGAUUUGGCCACAAGAACACUGGGUAUACUGGGUGGCGCCCAGCCUGGGAUCAGCACUAGCAGCUGUCAUCUACAGGUACAUUAUAAUGGGUACAACUUACAAACCGCCAGAAGCAGCAGCGAUGAUCACACCCGCACCUGGAAGGAAGUCCAUGUCAGCUGCAAUCUGA